GGUGAAUGGCGAUGGGUGGCUUCCCCCACCACCACCGAGCUCCAAUCCCGAGAUGGGUGGGGUGUGGGUGUGUAUUUGUUUAUGGUUAAUCGGUAUGUGACGGGGGUUUCUUUGCCGGUUUUCGGGUGUCCGAGAGCGAGGGAAGUUUCUGCCUCUCCAAGUGACACUUCCUCUGACAGAAGAUGACAACUGACAAGGUGACGUUGUCGGACGCUCUCUCCAACGUCGAUGUUCUGGACGAAUUGACGUUGCCAGAUGAGCAGCCAUGUAUCGAAGCACAGCCCUGUUCCAUUGUGUACAGAGUCAAUUUCGACACCAACUUUGAAGAUCGCAAUGGCUUCGUCACUGGUAUCGCCAAGUACAUUGAGGAGGCUACGGUUCAUGCCAGCUUAAAUGAGCUCCUAGAGGAAGGGGUUGAACAUGCAGUGAUGCUGUACACAUGGCGUUGCUGCUCCCGUGCAAUCCCUCAGCCUAAAUCCAAUGAGCAGCCAAAUCGUGUGGAGAUUUAUGAGAAGACAGUUGAAGUCCUGGCACCAGAAGUCAACAAGUUACUCAACUUCAUGUACUUUCAGAGUAAAGCAAUUGAAAGAUUCACUUCAGAAGUCAAACGACUUUGCCACCAAGAAAAGAGGAAGGACUUUAUAUCUGAGGCAUAUAUGCUGACCCUGGGGAAGUUCAUCAACAUGUUUGCAGUCCUUGAUGAACUUAAAAAUAUGAAAUCCAGUGUUAAAAAUGAUUAUUCCACCUACAGACGAGCUGCUCAAUUUUUAAAGGUCAUGGCCGACUCUCAAACAUUGCAAGAAAGUCAGAAUUUGUCGAUGUUUCUAGCUACUCAAAACAAAAUUCGAGAUACAGUCAAAGAGAACUUGGAGCGAGUUCCAGGAUUUGAAGAUUUAUUGUCUGAUGUAGUUUCUCUCUGUGUUCACAUGAUGGAAACUCGAAUGUAUUUGGCCCCUCAUGAGAAGCACAUGCUAGUGAAAGUGAUGGGAUUUGGCCUUUUUCUCAUGGAUGGUGAACCACAAGCUCUCUCCAAACUUGACCAACGGAAAAAGUUGAAUCUAGCCAAGAUUGACCGUAUCUUCAAAAACCUUGAAGUUGUGCCCUUAUUCGGUGACAUGCAAAUUGCUCCAUUCAACUAUAUCAAAAGAAGCAAGAAUUAUGAACCUGGCAAGUGGCCUUUAUCCUCUUCUGCUGCUGCAAGCCCACAAUCUGAUUUGAUGGUUCAUCUACCUCAAAUACGAGACGACCACCAAAAGUACAUUGCAGAGCUGGCAAGAUACAGCAAUGAAGUUACCACAACGUACAAAGAGUCUCGCUCAGAUGCUGAGAACAAGGACACUGCUGAUCUUGCCCUGAGAGGUUUGCAGCUUCUCUCUGAGUGGACAAGUGUUGUGACAGAGUUGUACUCUUGGAAACUGUUGCAUCCUACGGAUCACCAUCAGAACAAUCAGUGCCCAGUGGAAGCAGAAGAAUAUGAAAGAGCCACUCGUUACAACUAUGGGGAUGAAGAAAAAUAUGCUCUGAUUGAAGUGAUUGCCAUGAUAAAAGGGCUCCAAGUUUUAAUAGCUCGAAUGGAGACUGUAUUCAUUGAUUCGAUUCGCAGGAAUAUCUAUGCUGAGCUUCAAGAUUUUAUUCAGCUGUUUUUGAGAGAACCUUUGAGGAAAGCCGUGAAAAAUAAGAAAGACCUGAUUCGCAGUAUUCUUUUGUCUGUUCGUGAGACCUGUGCAGACUGGCAAAGAGGAGUGGAACCUCCUGGAGAUCCAGCAUUGAAGGGAAAGAAGGACCCAGAUAGUGGCUUUGGUAUCAAAGUCCCCCGUAGAAAUGUGGGCCCGUCAUCCACACAGUUGUACAUGGUCCGCACAAUGCUCGAAUCUCUAAUUGCUGAUAAAUCUGGCGGGAAGAGAACAUUGAGGAAGGAUAUUGAUGGUCAAUUUUUGGUUCAAAUUGAUCAAUUUCACAAAAACUCAUUUUUCUGGAGUUACCUUCUCAAAUUCAGUGAAUCACUGCAGGAAUGCUGUGAUUUAUCACAGUUGUGGUACAGGGAGUUUUAUUUGGAGAUGACCAUGGGCAGACGGAUUCAGAAAUGUACUGUGCAACACCAACAUAAUGAUGAGUGCACCGACUUGAUCACAAUGGAAAAAAGAAUUCAGUUUCCGAUUGAGAUGUCAAUGCCAUGGAUUUUAACUGACCAAAUCUUGCGCAACAAGGAACCUUCAAUGAUGGAGUAUGUGCUCUAUCCUUUGGACUUGUACAAUGAUAGUGCUCAUUAUGCCCUCACUGUUUUUCGGAAACAGUUUUUGUACGACGAAGUUGAAGCUGAGGUGAACCUGUGUUUUGAUCAAUUUGUGUACAAGCUCAGUGAACAGAUCUUCACUCAUUACAAGCAGCUUGCCAGCAGUAUUAUUCUGGAUAAGCGGUUUCGAAGUGAAUGUGCAGCCACUGGUGUUUAUCUUCCCUAUCCUCGAGCAAAUCGUUAUGAAACCCUUUUGAAACAACGCCAUGUACUGCUGUUGGGCCGCUCCAUUGAUUUGAAUAGACUCAUAACACAGCGCAUCAAUGCCGACAUGCACAAAUCUUUGGAUUUGGCUAUCAGCAAAUUUGAAGCUGGUGAUAUUACUGGUGUUGUGGAUCUGGAAAGCCUUCUUCAAGUUAACCGUUUCUGUCACAAAUUGCUGUCCAAAUUUUUGGCCCUGGAUGAUUAUGAUGCCAUGUUUAGAGAAGCAAAUCACAAUGUGCUUGCUCCCUAUGGAAGAAUAACUUUACAUGUUUUCUGGGAACUGAACUAUGAUUUCCUUCCAAAUUACUGCUACAAUGCUGCAACAAAUAGAUUUGUGAAAUGUCGAGGGAUAACAUUCACACAACCUGUUCACCGGGACAAACCUCCUCAGAUGGGACAUCAGUAUCUGUGGGGCAGCAAACAGCUCAACAUAGCCUUCACAGCUAUUCAUGAGCAGUACACAGGUUUUGUGGGACCUUUCCAUUUCCGGACACUGUGCCGCCUAUUGGGGUAUCAAGGCAUUGCAGUUGUUAUGGAAGAACUGCUGAAGAUUGUUAGGAGUCUUAUUCAAGGAAACCUGCUUCAGUUUACCAAGAUCCUGAUGGAUGCGAUGCCUAAGCUUUGCAAGUUACCAAGAUACGACUAUGGAUCACCAGGUGUUUUGGGCUAUUAUCAUGCCCAAUUGAAUGACAUUGUGCAGUACCCAGAUGCUAAGACAGAAUUGUUUCACAAUUUCCGAGAGCUUGGAAAUACUAUCUUACUAUGUCUGUUGUUGGAGCAAGCUUUGUCUCAAGAAGAAGUCUGUGAUUUACUUCAUGCAGCUCCCUUCCAAAACAUUCUGCCUCGUCCUUUCUGCAAAGAGGGCGAAAAACCAGAAAACAAACAAAAGAGAUUAGAGGGGAAGUAUGCAGCAAUCCAGAUAGUGCCAAAUAUUGAGCGGUUGGGCACUGCAAAGCAAGCCAUGAUCUCUCGCGAGGGAGAUCUUCUGACUCGAGAAAGACUAUGUUGUGGCUUGUCCAUUUUUGAGGUUGUUCUUACUCGACUGAAGAGCUUCCUGGAUGAUCCUAUUUGGGCGGGUCCUCCUCCUUCAAACGGAGUAAUGAACAUUGAUGAAUGUUCUGAGUUCCACCGACUGUGGUCUGCUUUGCAAUUUGUUUACUGCAUUCCAGUGGGAGGCAACGAAUUCACAGUGGAGGAACUUUUUGGGGAGGGUCUCAAUUGGGCCGGUUGUACCAUGAUAGUGUUGCUUGGUCAACAGAGGCGUUUUGAGGCCUUGGAUUUCUGUUAUCACAUUUUAAGGGUGCAAAGAGUCGAUGGGAAGGAUGAAGUUGUGAAGGGCAUUCCAUUGAAGAAGAUGGUAGAUAGAAUUCGAAGAUUCCAGGUACUCAACUCCCAGAUAUUUGCCAUCCUGAAUAAAUUCCUAAAGUCAAGUGAAAUUGACACCACUUCAAUAGAGCAUGUCAGAUGCUUCCCACCACCUCCACCUGCCUCCAUGUCUCAUUACCACAGCAGAUCAGAGCAGUACAAUCAAACUGGUCAUCACUCAUAAAUGUGUGUUACAUGCAUUGCAGUAAGUACAACAAUGGCCUAGAUGGUGGUCAAUCCAAUGAAAAGCAAUUAAAUAUUGUUCCAAAAAAAAUUGUCUUGUUAGUGCAUGUUGAUUUCAGCAAGAAAAUUAGAACCUUGUGUAGGAAAGAAAUCUUAGUCACCAUUUUUUACCAUUAUACGGUAAUAUAAACUUAUUAUUGUUCAAUUUUUAGAAUGAGUCUUUCAUUGUAACUCUUAUUGACUUUUAGAUAUUUAUCUUAUUAAAUUUACUUUAUCUUUUAGCAAAGUUGCCUAAGAAAUUAUGUUGUUGUUUUUGUUUAAUUAUUUUAUGUAUUCCUGUUUAUAUGACUUGCAUUUUCUUACAAGCUGCUUUUAUACUUCGUUUUACAUGUGUCUGUCUUCCAAGUUGAUCGCAUGAUUUUUAUAAUUCAUUUUUACCAUGAUACUGGUAUGCUAUGUGCUUGGAAAAAUGUUUGGUGAGCUCCAUGUACUGGAAUUCAAUUUUUGCUCUUUGAUUUAUGACUUUGUAAAUCUUAAGGAAUCCUUUCUGUAGUAAAUCCUGUUGUGAGUUUUUCAUAACAUAAGUCUUAUUAUCUAUACAAAACUCAAGUCUGGGGAAAUUUUCCGAACUUUACAUUGAUACAUUCCUCAUUGUACCUUAUGACCACUGAAGUAUCUCAGUGGUCAAUUAUCUUUCUUCCUACGUAUUGCAGGGACAUGCAAUUUGUUCUCUAAGCCUAUGUUUGUGCCAAAAGUUUUAUACUACUAUGAUGGAGUGGAUUUGUUUUGUUUUUUUAUAUAUUUAACCUGAAUGAGUGUUACAUGGACAUUUUUGUAUCAAGUGUGUGUGCAGUUCCAAGUUUGCUGAGUGUAUAUGUCUUGCCAAGUCACUGUUACUGCUGAGGGGAGUAGUAUAACUAGUCACUGAUACUUUUGUGAUCCAUCUGGCAUUCAAUAUAAACAACAUGGUAUUUCAAUUAUCAGGACUCCUUGUGCUUGUUGUAUGUGCAUGAACUGGUGUCAAUAAAUAGAUGACAUUCAAAAAUGAA